CGGCCCGCCCGCUCUUCCCUUCCCUCCUCCCGGCCCGGGGCCGCCUCUCCGGCCCUGCGGCCCGCCAGCGCCAGCGACGUGGUGCCGUGCCGUGCCGUGCCGUGUUGUGCCGUGUUGUGCCGUGGCGGUGGCGCAGCCAUGUGGGUGGCGGCGCUGGCGGCGCUGCUGGCAGCGGCGGGGGCGCAGUACGAGCGCUACAGCUUCCGCAGCUUCCCGCGGGACGAGCUGAUGCCGCUGGAGUCGGCCUAUCGCUACGGGCUGGACCAGUACAGCACCGAGAACUGGCCCGAGAGCGUCAGCUACCUGGAGGUCAGCAUGCGGCUGUACCGCCUGCUUCGCGACAGCGAGGCGUUCUGCCACCGCAACUGCAGCGCGGCCGGGCGGCCGCCCCCCGCACCCCCCGCGCCCGCCGGCGCCGCGCUGGAGGAGCUGCGCCUCCUGUCCGGGGUGCUGCGGCGGGCGCAGUGCCUGCGGCGCUGCAAGCAGGGGCUGCCCGCCUUCCGACAGGCGCAGCCCGGCCGCGAACUGCUCGAGGAGUUCCAGCGCCGCGAGCCCUACAAGUACCUGCAGUUCGCCUACUUCAAGGCUAAUAAUCUUCCAAAAGCUAUUGCAGCAGCUCAUACAUUUCUUCUGAAGCAUCCAGAUGAUGAAAUGAUGCAAAGAAAUAUGGCCUACUACAAAAGCAUACCUGAUGCUGAGGAGCAUAUUAAAGACUUGGAGACAAAGCCUUAUGAGAAUCUCUUUGUCAGGGCUGUGAGAGCGUACAAUGGCGACAAUUGGCGGACAUCCAUCUCGGACAUGGAACUGGCUCUUCCUGAUUUUUUCAAAGCCUAUGAUGACUGCAUAGCAGCCUGCGAGGGCUCCCGAGAGAUCACAGAUUUCAAAGAUUUCUAUCUUUCCAUUGCAGAUCAUUAUGUUGAAGUCCUUGGAUGCAAAGUGCAGUGUGAGAGCAAUCUGACACCCAUUGUAGGAGGCUUUGUCGUUGAAAAAUUUGUGGCCACCAUGUACCAUUACUUGCAGUUUGCAUAUUAUAAAUUGAAUGACAUGAAGAAUGCAGCUUCUUGUGCUGCCAGUUACCUUCUGUUUGACGAGAAAGAUGAAGUAAUGAAACAGAACAUGGUCUAUUACCGGUACCACAAAGACAAAUGGGGACUUAAAGAGGAAGAUUUUCAGCCCAGAUUGGAGGCAGUUCGAUACCACAACAUUACCACACUCCAGCUGGAACUGUAUGAAUUCGCGAAGGAACAUCUGAUGGAUGAUGAUGAGGGUGAAGUUGUGGAAUUCCUUGAUGAUCUGCUAGAAGUGGAGGAAAAGAAGGAAUCCUGAUGAAUGAAACCACCAUGAAGUAUUUUACAGAAGCAAAGACUCACCAUUGCUCCUUAUUAUUAUUUUUGAUCACCUGUAGUUCCAGUUAGAUAUACCUCAAAGGUGCUUCUUUAAGCUGCACCUUUUGUCCCAAGAUCCACUCCUGAAAGGUCACUUCCGUGCUGCACUGACUCUUCUGUGAGCAUGGCUUUUCACUGUGCAGAACUGGUGCACAUGAGUUUCCCCCUUGAGCUUUCUUUCCCUUACACAAACACAACAAAACAGAGUAUUUCUGUUUCCUAGGAUAACACUAAGGUUCCUCAUUUCUGUGCUAUUCUACUAAGUUGUAGCAGUACAGCUAAAUUCUCAAGAACUUUUGUCAGAUUAUGAACUGUGAAAGACAUAACAGUUCCUCUUUCUGAGCUAUGAAUUGUAUUAUUUAUAUAUAUCUUUCUAUGUGAUGUUGAAUAAAGUGAUAAUGAAUUCCAGUGCACCUGAAAGAUAUUAAGGUACAUCUAAAUAGCUGAAAUAAGGUGUUUAACAAAGCACAAUUAAUGGUCUUAUAAACAUUGCUUAAAGAAUUAUGAAAGCGGUGUUGAUCUUUCUUGAAAGCUAAAUUAAAUUCCACUGUGUGAAACUGAGAAUAAAAAUAUUUUUUUCUUCCUA